AUGGCUGUCUGCGUUUGGACUGUGAACCUGUACGGCAUCCUUGUGACCGAGGAGAGCUACUUGAAGGGCGCUCGCACAUAUGUUAGAGCCCAGUUCCAACGCAGCAUCAUCAAGAAGGUUGUCCCUGGAAAUGUACCGACCGAGCUAGUCGACCAAAUACUCCAGGACUCGGACGAUCAGGCAAGACGGAUCGUUGACGACAUGUGGGCAGCCUGCACCACAGCCGACCAAGUAGACCGCAAAUUCUCAUUCUGGCCUGGGAGCGCAGGAGCUGAGCUUCUGGAUAUCGUAAGCAACCCUGUCACACUCACACCUUUCCGCAGAAUUAACAUAACCAAGUCUACCCUGGGCAUCGACGCCUUCCCCAUCACCAAACACACAGCCGCGAACACUGCCAACUUCGUCCAUGGCGAAGACAGAGAGACCAAGUAUGUCGUCCUCUCCACAAGCGCUCGCCACCCACUGCCUUACGAACUAGUUGAGCGUCCACUCGCUCCCUCGGUCCACUACCCAAACAGCAGAAUCUACGCCGGCGACAGGGGUAUCACGAUUGCAUGGCAAGGUCAAAAUGGCACAGCACCGCAUGUGGCGGCAGAUAGCUUGAGCUUCUAUCACGACGACGAUGUUGAUACGUCGAUCGACAGCGGCGCAGGUAGCGUCCAGGCAGAUCGGGUCCUCCAAUUGCGUGGAGUCAAGGAAGCCAUUCGUGACUGGGAUGCUGAGAAGAUGAAGGAUUUUGUUGAAAAAUUGCAGCUUGUGGUUUUGCCGAUGGACCCAGCUAACCCGAUGGAACCGGAGAUUAUUCAGGCUCAGCGUGUGCAUGCUCGAUGA